CCCCUGCCCAUGACCACGGCAGCGAUGGCCGAGCAGGUGCGGGCACUGCGCUCCGAGUCUGCGCCCGGAAUCCGGCUUCUCGCCGGCCUUCGCUCGCUGGAAGUGGAGAACGCGUACGUCCGCCUCUGGUCCAACCGGUCGGGCCUGGCGGCGUCGGCCAACCUGGCCUACGAGUGGGUCCGCCGCGCGGGCCUGGAUGGCAUCGCCCUCACCAACCUGGUUGUGGGACGCCACACCGUCGACGUGUACGUGAACUUCCUCAAGGUGUCGUCCCUGGCCGUGAUUCGACGCCUGGGCGUGCCACGUGAUCAGACGUGCGUGUCCAUGAGCCUGGCUGUGAUGCGCUUCCUGCUGUACGACCGGCCGAGGCGCUUGGGACAGGUCUGCCACAACUACUUCCCCGAGGCAUACUCCAUGCACUGUCGCGAGUGGACUGAAAUACGGUACGAGCGCGGCGCCGUGGCCAACACGGCGCUCGCGCACCGGCGAGCCAUGGCCGUCGCCGAGAUCAUGGACAGCUUCGACAACGAAACCACGCUUGCCCACAAGGUUGCAGCGCUCGUCCGGAAUUCCGGCAUCCCUUGCGUGGCCGUCUACAACGUCGAGCUGGACGAUGCCACCGGCAUCUGCGAGUCCGUGACGCCGUACUCGAGGCUUACCGCGGUGGCCACCGCGUUGCGCGGCACGACACUCACGAAGCGCACCACCGCGAAGCCGAAAUCCACGCUGCGCAAGGCCAUCGAGGCAGUCAACGGUACCGAGCCAUCGGAGACGACUGUGGGGAGGCACCGCCACAAAGUGCGCAGACGAGUCUUGGUGGCCGUUAAGAAGCGCCGCCACUAGCAGGGACCGCGCCGCCCACCAGACACGAUGCGGACCAAAGCGCGUCUGCUACGGUUUGAAUCGUUAGCGGUAGUUAUGUAUUGUUAGUUUUCGUGCCAUCGAGUGUGCUAUUCGAUCUUACGCUAUGAAUUAGUUUAUAUGGUAAAUGCAAUUGUCAUGUGCUUGCCUUCUAUAUAAUCUUUGUUAUCUAUGUGGUGUAUUGCUGCUGUCUUACUGUGAGCUACUAUACAGGCGGCCACCGAUGUUUGCAGCACGAUACAAAAAUUUUGUUUAAAUAAAUAAAAAAUAAUAAUAUAAGAUGGACUUACUAGAUUCACUAUAAUCUAUGGCAGGAAAAUAAAGGUCAGGCUGCACUAGCGUCACUUACUGCAACAU